GUCUUGGACGCUAGCCGCCGGCACUCGCCGUUUGUCCUUAGCCGCGGACAGCCAGUCUCGCCGGCCCCGCCCCGCGGCUCUGCCUCGGCCAACCAGCGAGCGCCCGGCAGUCCUGCUUGUAGAGAGGCCGGCGCAAGAUGGCUGCUGCGUGUCGGAGCGUGAAGGGUCUGGUCGCCGUAAUAACCGGUGGAGCCUCGGGCCUCGGCUUGGCCACGGCGGAGCGACUGGUGGGGCAGGGGGCCACUGCUGUACUUCUCGACCUGCCCAACUCGGAUGGGGAGACCCAGGCCAAGAAGUUAGGGAAGAACUGCGCCUUUGCCCCAGCGGACGUGACCUCAGAGAAGGACGUGCAAGCAGCCCUGACUCUAACAAAAGAAAAGUUUGGCCGUGUGGAUGUGGCAGUCAACUGUGCAGGCAUUGCAGUGGCCAGCAAGACAUACAACUUAAAGAAGAGCCAGGCCCAUACCUUGGAGGACUUUCAGCGAGUUCUCAAUGUGAAUCUCAUAGGCACCUUCAAUGUGAUCCGCCUGGUAGCUGGUGAGAUGGGCCAGAAUGAACCAGACCAGGGAGGCCAACGUGGGGUCAUCAUCAACACAGCCAGUGUAGCUGCCUUUGAGGGCCAGGUUGGACAAGCUGCAUACUCUGCUUCCAAGGGGGGCAUAGUGGGCAUGACACUGCCCAUUGCUCGGGAUCUGGCUCCCAUGGGCAUCCGGGUGAUGACCAUUGCUCCAGGCCUAUUUGGCACUCCGCUGUUGACCACCCUCCCAGAUAAAGUGCGCAACUUCCUGGCCAGCCAGGUGCCCUUCCCCAGCCGACUGGGUGACUCUGCUGAGUAUGCUCAUCUGGUACAGGCCAUCAUCGAGAACCCAUUCCUCAAUGGAGAGGUCAUCCGGCUGGAUGGGGCCAUCCGCAUGCAGCCUUGAAGGGGGAAGGCAGAGAAAACACAGGCUCCUCUGUCCCUCCUCUUCCUGGAGUACUCUACUCCAGCUUGGGAGGAAGCCCAGUAGCCAUUUUGUAACCUCUGCCCACCAGUCACCCUUCGUGCCUAAUAAAGUCUCUUUCUCACA